AUGGCCUCAAAAGCCACACUCCCAGGCGUCUCUCCCCCACAAUAUACCGACAUUACAGGCCACACACGACUGUCACGAGGGGAUUUUCCCCCGACUCUUUUCGAUAGCAGCCUCCCACCGUCUCCGACGAUUCAGUCUAUUGUGCUGGUCACACUCGGCCCGUAUCUGAGACGCACGCAAUCCUCCCACGUCUUACCUCCCGCAAUCGAGACAGCAAUACCAUGUCUCUCACCAAGACUGGCACCGCUGGUUCAACAGUCAAGUCUGGCAGCAAUGGCAUGGCCACUGACCUGGAACUGCAGGCCGGUGCUGACUGCUGUCUCGCCAGUGACUGGCCAUGUGGAUGAGCUGCGCUGCGAGUUCAACGUAUGGUCGCUAUGCGCAUUGCUGGUGUGCUUGAUGGGCACCUGGGAGGCUCUCACAAGUGCCGUUGCACAAGCGUUGACGAACGGCGGAGCACCGUGUCUAUUAUACAACUAUAUCAUCGCCUUUAUCGGGACGUUAUUGACAGCAGCCUCACUGACUGAGAUCGCGUCGAUAUAUCCAACUGCUGGAGGCCAAUAUCGCUGGGUCGCUUCUCUCGCACCCUCUCACACGCGCCUUGUGGCGUCAUGGUUCACAGGCUGGAUCAAUAUUGAUGGGCAGGUGGUGCUGACCGCCUCUGCCGCCUUCGCCGCCGGCCUGCAGUUCCAAGCCCUGAUCGUGCUCAAUGAUGCGUCCGGUACCUAUGUUCCGCAGCGAUGUCAGGACAUGCUGUUCUACUGGGACGUCAUCGCUUACAGCACCGCCAUCAACAUCUUUGGCUCUCGUGUGCUGCCCCACCACAACACGUUGAGCGGCAUCGGGCACGUCGUCGGAUUCAUCGCCGCCGUGUUCAUGCUCGGUAUCAUGGAUAUCGGCAUGGAGGGGGGACACGGCGCAAACUAUAUAUUCAAAGACGUUGACAACACACACCAGUGGAUGGUCGAAUGA